GCAGAGAAGCUGACCAGCGAGCUGCAGAGCAGAGAAAACAAGUGUAUGAUGCUCUACCAGAGACUACAGCGCUGGCCCGAAUGUAACUCGCUGGCGCACAAACUGCUGCUUAAAAAUCCUGAUGAUUGGCAGUUUUAUCCCUCCUACUUUGACUCUCUCUUCCACCUGAUGGAUCAGUCGUGGAGUCCGCCAGAAGAAGGAGAGCACUGUUCGGAGGGUUCGGUUCAUCACACUGUGGCCGAGGUGGUGAGGUUUGUGGAGGAGAGGAUCAAAGGGGAGGACGGCAAAGACUCCCGCUCGCUCAGAGGACCUUAUUUAGCUCGUCUUGAAUUAAUGCACAGACUGAGAGAACGGGGCUGUCCUGAGGAAAGCCUGUUAGGUGAGCCUUUAGAGCUAAUGGUGCAGUUCUUUGGGAAGUUUGGAGACAAACCCUGCUGCAUCACCGACCUAAAAAUAUACCUCCAUCUGCUCUCUCCGGAGCAGCAUGUGCAGUUUAUUAACCGUCUGAGUGAAGCGGUCCCGCUGGGGGAGCAGGGAGAGGAGGGAUUCGCUUUCCCAGAGGACACCAAAGCGCUGCAGAGGCAUUUGUGUGUGUGUCAGCUGAGUCGAGCGCUCGGGCUGCAUCACGCUCUCGACGUGGACGGGAAGCUGCGGCUCAUCACGGAGCUCAAAGCUCACUAUCGGCACGGACUCAAGUUUGGGAAAAACGCUCUGAAGACGGAGCUGCAGUUCUCUGAUAUGUAUUGUCUCAUGGCAGCUCAUGUAUACAUCGACUUAUGGACGGACACCGGGGAUGAGAACAUGGUGUGGCAGUGUUUGGGCGUCCUCCAGGAGGGUCUGUCUCUCAGUCCCUCCAACGCCCAGUUCAAGCUGCUGCUGCUGCUCGUCUACUGUCACCUGGGAGCCUUCGAGCCUGUGGUGGACCUUUACUCCAGCCUGGACGCCAAGCACGUACAGCACGACACCAUAGGGUUUCUGUUAACGCGUUUUGCUGAGUCAUUGGGUCAGUUUGCUGCAGCCUCCCAGUCCUGUAAUUUCUCCCUCAGGUUUUUCCACUCUAACCAGAAAGAUACCUCAGAGUAUAUCAUCCAGGCGUAUAAGUACGGAGCGUUUGAGAAAAUCCCCGAGUUCAUCGCUCUCAGAAACAGGUUGAACCAAUCGCUGCACUUUGCUCAGGUCCGCACUGAGAGGAUGCUGCUGGACCUGUUCCUCGAGGCCGACAUUGUGUUGAGUCUGGAGGAGAGUGUGAAGGCCAUGUCUUUGUCUCCUGAGGAGGACGACAUCCCCUGGGACAAUAUGAGGGACAACAGAGACCUCACUGUUUUUACCAGCUGGGACCCUAAAGAGAGACAGUUAACCGACGAGCACCGGCGCCGCUCUCUGGAGGAGGAGUCCGUGUGGCUGAGGAUACGCUCUCUAACACUCCGCCUCCUCGCCUCUCUGGCCGCUCUGGGACACACGCCAUCGCAGCAAAACUCCGAGGUGACCAACGAGAACGGAGUCGGAGACAAAACCUCGAUCCUCAGCAGCCUGCUCUCGCAGCUCAACCAGACUCUGCAGACGGCCGCUCAGAUAGCAGAGAAACGCGUACAGGUGCGUUACUAA